AUGGUGGUGGAGGCGGCGGCGCCGGGCUGCCCCGUCACGGGCUGCCUGGUGGACCUCAACGAGCGGUGCCCCGCGGAGCUGUGCGCCGGCGGCGAGCAGGCGCAGGCCUGCCGCAGCGCGUGCGAGGCGUUCGGCACGCCCGAGUACUGCUGCAGCGGGCAGUUCGGCAACCCGGACACGUGCCGCCCCUCGGUGUACUCGCAGAUGUUCAAGGCGGCGUGCCCGCGCUCCUACAGCUACGCCUACGACGACGCCACCUCCACCUUCACCUGCAUCCGGCACCGACUACUCCAUCACCUUCUGCCCGCCUCGCUCCGGCACGCCCAACAGUUUCAGUUUCGCUGCACAACGAAACCUUUCCAGCCAAAUGCCAGCAGCCAAGUUCCAGCUGGAAAUUCAAAUACUUGA